CCGGUCACGUGGCACUGGUGGGGCCGUGACGCCCGUGGUGGCGGAGGGGCUCGGCUUGUCAGAGUCCCCAGAAAAUAAAAAGCUAUAUCAGGAAGUGAAAAUCAGAAGAAGUAGCUGUUGAAAUAAAGAGAAAGAUACUAAGGAUCAUUUCUUGAGGAACAUUUUUUAAGAUGUGGUGAAGAGCCUGUAUUUUCCCCUGUGUGGUAUAUAGUGCCUUAAAAAAUGGGGUUUGGAGGUGACCUGAAGUAUUCCCAUGAUGCUUUAUUAAAACUACAAGACUGGGAACUACGACUGCUGGAAACAGUGAAGAAAUUUAUGGUAAUGCGAGUAAAAAGUGAUAAGGAGUAUGCUUCCACUUUGCAGAAUCUUUGUAAUCAAGUAGAUAAAGAGAGCACUUGUCAGUUGGAUUAUAUCAGCAAUGUCUCCAAGUCUUGGUUGCUCGUGGUACAGCAAACAGAACAGCUGAGCAAAAUAAUGAAGACGCAUGCAGAGGAUCUUAAUUCUGGGCCUUUGCAUAGGCUUACAAUGAUGAUCAAAGAUAAGCAGCAAGUUAAGAAGAGUUACGUAGGUGUUCAUCAACAAAUUGAAGCAGAGAUGUACAAGGUUACAAAGACAGAGCUAGAGAAACUAAAAUCUAGCUACAGACAACUAAUAAAAGAAGUAAAUUCUGCCAAAGAGAAAUAUAAAGAAGCUGUCGCUAAAGGAAAGGAGACAGAGAAAGCCAAAGAUCGGUGUGAUAAAGCCACUAUGAAGCUUCAUAUGUUGCAUAAUCAGUAUGUGUUGGCACUGAAAGGAGCACAGUUACAUCAGCACCAGUAUUAUGAUACUACACUUCCUCUGUUACUUGAUUCACUACAGAAGAUGCAAGAAGAAAUGAUUAAAGCCCUAAAAGGAAUCUUGGAUGAGUAUAGCCAGAUCACCAGUCUUGUAACAGAAGAGAUUGUGAAUGUCCAUAAAGAGAUCCAGACCUCGGUUGAACAGAUAGACCCUAACUCUGAGUAUAAUGACUUCAUAGAUACUCACAGGUCAUCAGAAGUUGUGGAACAAGAAAUAGAGUUUGAUACAUCUUUACUAGAAGAAAAUGAAAACCUUCAAGCUAAUGAGAUCAUGUGGAAUAAUCUAACAGCGGAAAGUUUACAAGUCACGUUAAAAACAGUAAUAGAAGAACUGAUUCAGACACAGCAAACCCUUUUGAGCAAAGAGGAACUUGUGUUGGAACUAGAGAAAAAAAUAGAAGAGUCCUCUAAGACUUGUGAAAAGAAGUCAGAUAUUGUACUCUUGCUGAGCCAAAAGCAAGCUCUGGAAGAACUUAAGCAAACAGUUCAGCAAUUAAGAUGCUCUGAGGCAAAAUUUGCAGCCCAGAAAGAACUACUGGAACAAAAGGUUCAAGAAAAUGAUGGGAAAGAGCCACCACCUGUAGUAAAUUAUGAAGAAGAUGCCAGAUCAGUCACUUCUAUGGACAAGAAGGACAAAGUCUCAAGGUUUGACACUAUACGUCAUUCCAUAGCUGGAAUUAUAAGGUCUCCAAAAUCCAUGUUGGGCUCAUCGUCGUUCUUUGAUGUAAUAUCAACAACUGAGAAACCAUUGGCUGAGCAAGACUGGUAUCAUGGUGCAAUUCCAAGAAUAGAAGCCCAGGAGCUGUUAAAACAGCAAGGAGACUUCUUGGUGCGAGAGAGCCACGGGAAACCUGGUGAAUAUGUCCUUUCUGUGUUUUCAGAUGGACAACGGAGACACUUUAUCAUACAAUAUGCUGAUAAUCAGUAUCGUUUUGAAGGAACUGGGUUUCCAACUAUUCCUCAGCUUAUAGAACAUCAUUACACAACAAAGCAAGUUAUUACAAAGAAAUCAGGUGUUGUUCUGCUGAAUCCUGUUGUUAAGGAUAAGAAAUGGGUUCUCAAUCAUGAAGAUGUCACACUGGGAGAAUUACUUGGCAAAGGAAAUUUUGGUGAGGUGUAUAAGGGAACAUUAAAGGAUAAAACUCCUGUUGCUGUAAAAACUUGUAAAGAAGAUCUUCCUCAGGAAUUGAAAAUAAAAUUUCUGUCAGAAGCCAGAAUACUCAAACAGUAUGAUCAUCCUAAUAUUGUAAAACUUAUAGGAGUUUGCACACAACGACAACCUAUUUAUAUUGUUAUGGAACUUGUUCCAGGGGGUGAUUUCCUGUCCUUUUUAAGAAAAAAGAAGGAUGAGCUAAAAACCAAACAGUUGGUGAAAUUUUCAUUAGAUGCUGCUUCUGGUAUGGCAUAUCUCGAAUCAAAAAAUUGUAUACAUAGAGACCUGGCUGCACGGAACUGCUUGGUAGGUGAAAGCAACAUUUUGAAAAUAAGUGAUUUUGGAAUGUCCCGGCAAGAGGAUGAUGGUGUGUACUCAUCGUCAGGUCUAAAGCAGAUUCCUAUCAAGUGGACUGCUCCAGAAGCUCUCAACUAUGGAAGAUACACAUCUGAAAGUGACGUAUGGAGCUUUGGAAUCCUGUUGUGGGAGACCUUCAGUUUAGGAGUAUGUCCGUACCCUGGAAUGACCAACCAACAAGCACGAGAACAAGUUGAGAAAGGCUACCGAAUGUCAGCACCACAAAAAUGUCCAGAAGAAAUAUAUAAAAUUAUGCAGAGAUGCUGGGACUACAAACCAGAAAACCGGCCAAAAUUCAGUGAGAUUCAGAAAGACCUGUCUUCCAUCAAAAAGAAAGUGACAUAGUGAUAAACAAGUGCCAAAAUCCAUGUGUGGGACUUUAUUUUCCAGUGAAGUAAUUUUUUCCCCUCAAACAGUAUGCGUUUAUACAACAUUAUUUGCAAUAUUCUUCUAGGUUUACUUUGAAAUUAACUGGUUUUUUAUAUACAUGUGUACCAUCUUGAAUGAUGCAUUAAAGACAUAUACUGCAAAAUGCUAUAUAUCCAGUCACAGUAAUAUUGUCAUUUAGGUUACAUGUAAAUAGAGAAGCACAUACUAUAGAUUUAAGGGACUGUGGCUUCUAUCUGUUCUACAGCAAGUAACUGCUCUUGUCAUGUUUCAGAGAUUUUCUACUUUAAGCUGUGUUCUCAUUCUGCUAUCCCUGUCCCAUAUGUCAACACCAGCAGCACCCUGAAGUGGUGACUGUUGUACAUGUUGGCCUUAAAACUGAAGACAGUUUUGACAAGUAUUUCAACUAGAAACGUUUAUAUUUUUUUUAAUUCUUUCUGCAACUUAUAUUUUUAAGUGAUACUUUGUUUUGAGGAUGAUGGUCAGUUAGAUUCUGGAUGCAAAUGUGCUUACUGAACCAUGAAAUCCAGAAUUUUCUUUUGUAGAAAAUUGAGUUACUUGUGCAUUUUUUACUAUACUGUAGCAAAUACUUCUGACUUUUGAUGUGAUUUCUUAAGCCACGUCUUUUCUUCCUACAAAGCCAUCAGAAUUCAGUAAUAUGUCUCCUUUACAUUGACCUAUGUUUAUUUAAGAAGAAAAAAAAAAAAAGUAUCAAGCCUUGAUUACACAUGUUAAGAAAUACUGCAAAUCACCUGCCUUCCAAAGAAUAUGUAAAAGCACUAGGCCAACAGAAAGAGGUUUACUAAUGAUUGCAGGAGAUAACAAAUAUCAUUGAUCUUAUAGGAGUUAAAGAAUGUGAAUUGCUAAAUUUGCUUUUGAUCCUGAUUUUUUUCCUAAAAUUGGUAAUAAUUCUGAGUGCAGCUGGAGCCUACAAACUUUUACACUAAGCAAAAGUACGUUCCAUGCAUAGUGUGGAGUAUAUUCUAUGCAUAACCUUCUAAGUUCUUUAAAUCAUUGCAAUCAGACUUCAAAGACUAAGGCAGGCAAGUUUUAAAUGCCACCAGAAAUAAAAAACUUUUAUGUGUAAAAAAAAAAUCCAUCAGAAGGAAUAAAAACUUACUAGAUAGGGUAGGGAGGACAGGAACAGUUUGUUACUCUGGCUCUGGGUCCUCUUUGCAGGUGGAAUUAUCUUCUAGGGCCUUACAUAGGAAUAGGAACAAGUUACAGUAUCCUGGUCUGAGUUGCAGAGUUAAGGUGCUUAAAAUUUUCUAAGUAUUAACUAAAAUUUUCUGAUCGAGGAAUACCAGCUGCUGCUAAUGCAAGUAGGAAACAGGAAUUACAAGUAACACAGCAUCUGGAAUGUUAAUUAGCCCUAUAUUUAAUUGUUACAGUGGGAUUGAGAUGUAGUGAAGUCAGUGACAACAUUACAUUUUUAUUUCUGUUAAGGUGACUUUUCUAUUGUCCACAAUAUUUUUGCUCUGUAAGGUGUAUUUAUAGUAGUACUGAGUGGUAAUGUGUAAGGGCUAUGUGUGACCAAAAUAUGUGUAGUCUAGAAGCGUUUGUUACAUUGGAGUUAGUGUCCAAAUAAAACAAUGAAUGAUCGUGCUGGACCACGUCACCUGCAUUUGAGGUGGAACUGUCAGCAUCCAAAUAUAAGGAAUAGUGAGUGCUUCUUGCAUUUCCUAAGUGAUUUUUUUCUUGGAGCUAAGGAAGCAUCUACAUACCCGUGAAGGUAUAGUGCUCGGAGAACUUGGGGGCAUAAAUUUAAACUUCCUUAUAAGCAUACAGGAUAUAUUUACUUAGUUCUGUACUUCCAAGUAACCCAAAGAUAUUUUUCAAGAGCAAUGGGAAACAUUCUUGUUAGUUUGUAUGCUUACUUUAGUAGUACACAAAGUUUGUGCCCUAAUUUGCUAGUCUGCUAAUGCAAAUGCAAGUGUACUAAGAUUUAAGGAGUGUUUCACAAUCAUUUGGAAAAAUCCAAGAUUCAUCCAACUAAAGUUCCUUAUGUAUGCAUCACUAAAGUCUGCAAGUCAGGAUAACGGUGUCUCCUCUGUCAGCAUUCAUAGCUUCUCUGGAGAGUUAAUAUUCUUCUGCCAUGAAAGAGAUUAACUGUUUCUUUGCUAUAUGGCCUCUUGACAGCAGAGAAAUACCGGUUUACUUUUAUAUAAUAAAUCACUGUUUUUCUUGUCUUAAAUUAACCAGUCACCAUCCUGACUCUCAUGUAAAGAUAAAAAUCAUGCUCGUAUUUGUAUUCUGAAAUAGUUAAUAUUUCUAAUUCAUAUCACACUUCUGUUUAAAUUUAAAGACUUUUUAAAAUGUGGAAUUUCUACAGCAGCAAGAAAAUGUAUUCUUAUUCCUGAAGUAGGCAUCAGUUCAGUUCAAAAAUAAUAACCCUUUGGGAGAAUACCAGAAAUAAGUUCGUAGGUCUAGAAUAAAUUUAAACACAGGUACAUGUCUCUUCAAAUAUUUAAACUCUUUUCUUACCAUUAAUUUGGCAGUUUGUGGCAGAACUUGCUCAUCAUGUCUUACUUGUAAUUACUGCAAUUAUACAAUUUAGGAAGUGGAAUUCAUACUUAUAGAUAGUGAUUUUAUUUUUUGUAAACUCCUCCCAGGGAGUUCACAAACAAAACUGCCAUACAAUGAAAUUUAAAAGAAAGACAUGGAAUUCAAAACCAAAUCUGCCGUAUCUGAUUUCUGUGGACUUUUGAAGACUUAGUCUUGCUAAGUCUCUUAAGAAUCUCUCCUGAAUAAGUCUCUCUUUCAUUAGCCAGAUACUGGUCAUUCGGCUUACGUACUGUGCUUAUCCUAGAGAACUUAUAAAACAGUUAAGACUCAGUCUCGUCUGCAAGUGUAGUAUUCCAGGUAGGUUCUUACAUCACCACUGCCCCAACCAGGGGGAGCCUGAGGGAAUCCAGAAUUUUUUAUGCUGUUAAAUGGGAGAAACUCUGAAUACUGCUAAGGGUCAGGUAGAAGUACCUCAACCUGUUUCAUGAGAUGGACUUCAAUAGGUUUUCUUAUUGUCAUCUUUUUCCAAGGAAUUGCAUUCAUCGUUUUAAGAAAGAUUCUUCUGAGGGCAAAACAUGUAUCCUUAAGUUUGUUUACACUAGAAAUUAAGCACACAUGUUAGCCUCAGAGUUCAGUUGUUAGUGUAAUCAUGAGGAUUCCUAAGGAUUUCAACUCUAUGGAAAGUAAAAUAGUGAAAACUGGCCUGUCUGAAAGCAAACCUUGCUUCCGCAGAGCAUGGCCUUGUACAGUCCCACAAAGACAUUCUCUUGGAAAUGUACAUUUGCGUUGGUUUCUAAUGAAACCAAUGAACUAGUUUUUUUCAUAUAGCAACUACAGUUAUACUGCAUUUAACAAAAAUCUGACUUUUUGCAGAGUUGCCUAAUAUUUUUAUUGGAAGUUGUUGUUGGAACAUGCAUCACCAGAAGGCUGUCAGUAAAGAACUGGAGUUUGUAAAGUAAGCCUGGUCUUAUUGAUGAGAAACAGAAAACUGCUUAAGGAAAUACUAGGUUAUUCAUACUUAAAUAUUUUUUCAUCCAUGUCUUUGACCACCUGUUAUGCUUACUCAAAUCCUACAAGCACAACACUAAAACUUACUGCACGUUACUAAAACUAAGAAGUUAUCCAUUUCUUAUAUCUUUUACUCCUUUUUGUACCCUUUGUAAAGAUACUAAAGAAAAUGCACUUUCCUAAAGUUACCGAGUAACCAACUCUCAGAAACAUUUAAAAGUGUCUCCCCCCCUCCCCAAAUUUUCCCAGAUGUGCUGCUGCAUGGGUAUUAACAAUAGUGAUUAGCUACUAGCCCUGUUUCCACCGGUCUUGCUGUCAUGUCCUCUAAAUGGCGGUGCCACUGAUGCACUUGAAACAGUGAAAUAUUUUAAUAUAUGAGUUACUAUGUAAAUAGUGUCAUCAAACAUGAUAUUCAAGAGCAGUAGUUCUGAAAAUCGUUGUCACAAGUAAUGAUAACUCAUUAUAAAGGUGGAAUAAAAAGAAAGAGGCUAAUUGAGAGAAUCCGCUUUCUCUAACAGCUGUCCUGUUUGUAGGCAAUAGAAAUGUUUGUUAUGCCAGUGCACGUCAAUUUGUAACAUUUUUAUGACUGAGCAUAAAACAGCUUGCUAGUAACAGAAGAGUUCACCAAUUAAUUUUUUAUUCCUCAUGCACAAAAGGGCAUGUGAUAUUGCUGGUAGCAUUCUUGCUAGGCAAGCCAGGAUAUGUGGAGGGAAGAGUACAGAAGAAAGAAUACCACAGGGUUGAUAUUUUUUUUCUUCUUAGAAUCAUAUUCAUGUGGUUCACUUUCAGGAAUACAGGACUUUAAUUAGUAAUUAGAAAGUACAGGCCAAGUCCAGUAUUUCUGAAGAUCCAAAGAACCAUGAGUUUUUCAGAGUAAUCUGGUAAAUGAGAGAAAGAGCGCAAGCUUAAAAAGCUGAGAGCUCCAGAUGGAAACAGAAGAAUCCUUUCUCUUGUCACAUUCUGAAUGGUCUUUCAAGUAUUGCUACAGCUUUUUCCUGAAACUGGUAAUGCAACUGUGAUUUCCAUGUCUUGCAUACUUUUCAGCAUUGCAUAUUUGUGCAUUAUUAACACCCAAAUUUACUUUCAGACCAAGGAAGGAAAGACUCUCGUUGAAAAGAACAGCAAGUUCUGUCUGGUAGCUCCCACAUUUUUCUUAACUUCCACAUUCAGUUACCAGAGUCAUUGUGUUCAUUAUAAUAAGCACCGGAUAGAACAGUAGCUGGAAGCUAGACAAUGCCUUUAUAUCAGCAGCUAAUCCUCCAAAAUUUCACAGCUUUGACUUUAGAAGCCAACCUGGGUUUGACUCUGUGUCAAAUAAGCAAAAGCAAUUUCCGUAUUUCAGCCUUACUACUAAUGUAUAAAAUAGGAAGGUUGAGAGAUAUAUAUACUGCUCUCUCCAAGGGAAUGCUACCUCCACCAAUAACCGUAAAUUACCCUUAUGUCCCUGAUAUAUCCCUGUCUUUUUGACAUAAAAUUCUAACUGGAAUGUAUGUCCAGGUAUAGAACUUGGAUAUUAACUCUGAGUUGUUUCAUUUUCAGGAAGUUGUAUAUCAUUAGCUGUUUUAGAACACCAUUUUCUCAGACACCAUGUAGGCAGGACUUAAAUUGGAAUUUUCAGAUGGUUUGGGGAUAUUUUUUUUUGUGAGAUGAAGGACUAAUUAGAUCGCUAUCUACAUGCAUUGUUGUUUUGCAGAUGUUCCAGAUUAAAGCUGUGAGCGAGUAGUUCAUUUAUAGAUCUCAGAUUAUGUAUGCCUUCUCUAAAUCAAAACCUGCUAAGCAUACUUAGAAGAAAUGGGUAAACAAAGUCUUCGAAUAUAGUUGACUGAGGUUAUAAAGUGAAAAGUUCUUAGAAGAGCCAUGAACCACAUUCUUUCUUCCUCUACCCUUCCAGAAUUGAAUGCUUUGUAAACAAAACCUGCAAUAACUGGCUUUGUGUUUAUAGAUAAAUAUAAACUGUGAACCUGUAUGAUAGCCUAGGACUCACAUUGCUAGUAGCAAAGAGGGCUUGGAAAAAAAUGUUCCUAAAUUGCUACUAUUUGGCACUGUCAUCUAGUUUUAGAACUACAAAUGCUUAUAGGCAAGUACAUAAGUUUUGUAAGCAUGGUAAGAGAGCGCAUGCUUCUCCAUUGAAACUGUUCACCAAUUUAAGGCAACUAUGCUUUCUAAAAGAAAAAUCAGACUGAUCAGUGAUUCCUUCUAGACUACACAUGUUGAAAGUAUGAGCCAGAAGUUUCCACUGCUAAAAAAAGAAAGAUCCACACCACUGUCUUUAUAUACAGCCAGCUCAGUCUUUCUCAAGAUAUAAAGAAUUCCAUAAUUGUUAAACACAGUAGUAAUAAAAAAUCCUUUGACUACUGAUAUGUAAACUACUUCACUCCGAUCUUUUGCUUCAACUAUUAAGGAAUCUUUCUGCUCUUUAAAAAGGGCUGCAGUAAGCUUUCAGCUCUAGCUGAGCUCUGCUGUAAUAAUCUGGCGUGUUGCAUCUCCCAGACAUUUCCUAAUUCUGAUGGUUCCAUGUAUCACCGAUAGUGCCCUUUCACUUUAUUAAAAAAAGAGUUACUCUUGUAACAGAAAAGUUCAAGUAUAUUCCUGCUUUUGUUUGACUCAAAAACAUUGUAGUGAUGUUAUACCUUGAUACCUGUGGCAAUGUGUUUGUAUGAAAAUUGAAGUAACUGUGAAUUAAGGUGAAGCACAUUGUUCAAAUCAUGUUUUUAAUCAAGUUACAAACCCUAAGUAUAUCAUUAAUUGUCCUUAUUGUAAAAGACAUCAGAAAAACAACACUUCUGACUGCCUGGUUUAUGAUACAGAGCAUGCUGCUCCUACUAGGGAACAGUAUAAAGCUAAAUAUGCUCCUUGAAAAAGGAAUUAUUCUGCUGUCAGACCAGAUCCAAACACUAUCUUUAAAAUCAACAGCAGUGACUUAAUUCCAACUAAACCUUAUUGUAAACUUCCUUCUUCUUAACAGGCCUUUCCAAAUAGUAUUAAUUUUCAUUACUGUCAUCCAUUUUGCUUUUAGAAAUUUGAAUUCUGUACAUCAUAUAACAUUUACUUACAUUGGUAAUUAUAGCCCCACCACCACGAAGUGCUGAGACUAGCCACUUCAGAAGAUAAGCAUUGAUAAGUCAGUAAAAGUCUACGGGGAACUGAUCUUUCACUAGUUGUCUGAGCUUAUAUGGCUUAAUGCAUUUUAAAUAUCACUAAAGUAAUUGUUUCAAUUAAAACCUGUUAGGCAGUUUGAAUGGCAGUAUUCCUUGCUCAAGCUAUCUCUGCAAUAGUAAUAUUUGUAUUUGACUUGAAGUCAAGAAGGUAGAACUGUACCUUCCUUUAGUUUAUCAGGGAAGAGAACUGCUGAGUUCAGGUAGCCAAUUCAGGUGCCGUCAGCAGUUCUGAUACGUAGCUUGGAUACAGCCAGGAUGACAAAGAGAAGGUCUUGCAGUCUGCAUGGCUGCUCGUUAUAGUACCCUGUACUUGCUACAAGUCACUAAUAAAUCCUCUGGAGACUGGAAGUUUGCUGUAUCUCUGAGUGUGGCUAAUGCCUUAAAUCACCUGAAGCUGUAGUACUUAAGGAGAAAAAGUGGCAUUUUUUUUCUUUGUUAUUAAAUGCAGAAAUGCAAUAUGCAAUGGGGAUCCUCUGCAUUGUUUUCCUUCCUUCCACCUCCAGCUUGGUCGUGUCACAGUUUCAAAGUCUUCAAUAGACGGAACAACUAGAUGAAACAUGUCUGUUUCUGCUCUUAAUUUUAUUGUUCCUUGUAACUGAUAAGUUAACUUGUCUUUUUUUCCACCAAGCUUCCUGUCUAAUUUUCACUAAAAUGCAAAAAACUUGUAAUAGGAAAAAACUCAUGAUGUAGGCUCAUCACACAGGACACAAAAGGCAGGCAGACUCCUACAAAGAAAUUUUGAGGACUGAAAGCCAACAAUAAGCACCUGUCUUGUCCCUUCUAUUAAAGGAGUGUGUAGUUAUAUGCAUGUUCAAAUGACUUCCAGAGAUGAAACUUGGACUAAGAUUGGUAGGACUGCUGUUUUUUCAGUUGCAUGUGUUACUUUUCCUUUGUAUAAUUGUAGGCAUCUGGAAAUGGAGGAGGAGUGUUGGGGAAGGAGGGAAGGUUGGUUCACUGACCUGCUAGCACACACACGACUUGACACCAGUAACCUUGAGUGGGGCACAGGUACCGUUUGCAAAUGUGUUUAGAUUUCUAUUCAAUUUUGUGCCAAAGUAUGCACCAGCAAGUUUAAUAUCAGGUAAAGCACCUUUUAUACUCUUUGUUGUUUAAAAAUAAUAUAUUUGUGAAACAGAUCGAUAAUUCAUGACACUGGAAAUGGGUGCUUCUUCCCAAAAGUACACAUGUAAAAAAAAAAAAAGGAAACAACAUUUGUGAGUUUAUCUGGCUUUUAAGCAAGUCUGAAAAUGAUAACUAUGUAAUACAGUUGCCAUUUGUCUGUCCUUUAUAUUUUAAAUAGAUCUGCAUUUUAACUUUAUUUAUUUGCCAAUUUUUUAUAUACUUUAAAAUUACACUUUUGAACUCAAGCUAACUUGUUAUUUUCCCAGGCUGUUACAGUUUUCUUGUAAACUGCAGACCAUUUUUGAAUAGUCCUUUGUCUUUUCUUAUGGACCAGUUACCACUAAUGAGUCUGCAGUCCCCUUUUUACUGUACUCUUCCAAUAAAUGUAAAAUAUUUGUAUCAA